AUGCCGACACAACUGACAAGACUGGUCCCAGUAUGUUCGCGGUGCAAUAACACCUACAAGCCCCGAGCGCUGGCUGAGCUGCUCAACGCCCGACGCCAGCUGCUCCAGCACUCUAGGAAGCCCACCGACAAGGCAAAUGCUGACCCGGGCACCAGUCCAGAGCUGGCUCGAGAUUUCCUCGACAUCUUCAACCGUAAGGGUAUUUCCGACAGGGAAGUGUACCAGAUUCUCGACCCGACCAUCAAGGGAAAGGGUGACGGGCUAAUAGCGCUUACAGAAUGGCUAGAGGAUUUGGCGUCCACGUCCCCGCCCGCCUCCGUGACCCAAGAGGAGCAGAGCUCUUUGCACGGCUCAUCAAUCCGUGGCCGCGCCCGAAGCCUCGCUGAGGACGUCGUCGCCAGCACGGUGCUUCCGCCGCCGUCGCGCCCUGCCUGCAAAUGCAGGGCGGCGUACACGGAAGCUUCUGCGCCGCUGAGCUGCCUCGACCUGGCGCUGCUGACGGACGCCGUGCCGGCCAUCAAGUUCCUCUUUCGACUAGGCCUCAGUCCUUUCACCGUUCUACCAACGAGCUUCAACAUCCUAGGCACCGCGAUCCUGGCCUCGGCCACCGCCAUAGUCACCCACAUCUACGAGUCCUACACCAUCCCCGUCGAAGCCAACGUAGGCGAUGAGGACACGACGACGCCGCCCCCGGGCCAAAAGCGGCUGCACCCACUUCUCCUGGCGCUCAGCGUCAAUAACAUCGCGAUGUUUUCCCUGAUUCGGCGCUACACACCCAAGCAGGAAGUCCCGCCCACGGUCCUGCUCUGGGCGGCCGAGCACGCCGAGGUACGCACGGUGCGCGCGCUGCGAGAAGAAGCAGGGGUCGUGGUGCUGGGCAAGUCCGACGAGGACCGGAUGGUGACGGCGGUGUUCAGCGAGGAGGACGUAGCGGACCUUGAGGCGGGGUGGAUCGAGACCACGGAGCCGAUACACACCUCUAUCAUCAUGCUGCACCACGCGGCGGCCAACCUGGCGACCGACGACGGCAUGCUGCGGUACCUGAUCGGCUUGCUUCCGGCGGACCGGCGCGUCUACGACGGGUUCCUGAACGCGCGCUGCUGGUACGGCAUCACACCGCUGAUGGAGGCCGUGUGCGUCGGCAACUACGCCGGGGCCGCAUACCUGUGUACGUUCCCUGACCUGGACCUCGACGCCGUCAACGCCCGCCACAUGUCGGCGCUGUACGUCGCCACGCGCCACUUCGAUGUCCGCGCCAUGGAGAUUCUCUUCGACGCCGGCUGCGGCAACGGCAACGCCCGCGCCGACAACGACGGCCGCCCCGUUAAGCCCCCGCUCUACGCCAUCAUCGAGGGUCAUCGCCGUGCCCGCGUCCAUCGCUUUGACCCCGCCGAAUUGGAGCGCCAUAUCGCCCGCGUCAUGGACACUGCCCGCUUGCUCUUGCUGAAGAAGGCUGACCCCCGCAUUCAGUGGGGGGAGCUUACUCUUUUGGAGGAGGUCAAGGCUGAGCCUGCGCUGGAGAAGCUGGCCCGGAUGUUGGAGCAUGAGGUGCUGGGGCAGAAGAAUUUCGCGCUCAGCCCUGUUUGAGCUUUGCAUUGGGUUUCAGCGUAUCUCCAAAAUUGAUUUUUCUUCAAAAUUAGGAUUGAUUAUAG